AUGAACUACCUCCUGCACCGUCAGUGUACUCCGGGAAAGGUUAUCCCCGUUCCGGAAGAGCUGAAGGAACUUAUGUUGGAAAUCAGUCGCGAGGUGCUGCGCGCUCAACCAAAAAAUGUACUCAAUUUUAUCGCCGAUUACAUGGAAGCAAAGCUGAUCCGUAGAGAGAAUCAGGUGGUGGCGAACAAGGUGGUGGACACGGUACUGGACACCAGCUUGGACAUAAUCACCAUGUUGGACGAGAUUGGCAUGGACGAGGCAAAGGCGGAACGAGCGGUGCAGAUGAUCCGGGAUGCUUUCCAAAAGCAUUUCCGUGUGCGGAUGUCGGACGAAAAUUUGCGGGAUGCUUUUCGGGAGGCUGAAGUUCUGAAACGAUUAGUGGAUGAAUGUGGAUUUACGGAGAGUGAAGCUUUGCGCGCUGGGAAGAUAAUUGAAAGGGCAUAUAAGACGUAUUUCUUGAGAAACGUUUACAAGGAAUAUCAUGGACCGGCAGUUACGAGCGAUUGGCAGGAUGCAGCGAAGCAUACUUUGGAAAUCUAUGCGGAAAGUGGAGCGACGAAAGAAGAGAUGGAACGGGCUGCGGUCAGAAUACAAGCAGCAUAUCGAGGAUACUAUACUAGAAGGCGGCAAGAAUUGGACCGAAAAGCAGCUAUCAUUCAGGAAGCGUACAGGAAGCAUCAGGACAAGCAAAUUGCAACUGGAGUUUUGAAUCAAAUAAUCGAUGACGUAAUUGAACCGAAGUUUUCUGCACGGGAAGAGGUAAUGCGAAUUGUUGAUAUGGUUUUGAGAGAAGACGCAGAGUCAGAACAUUGCGACCAAACUCAAAUGAAUAAAGCAGCCAUUAGGAUUCAAUCUGCAUUCCGUGGGCGGAAAACUCGAGAGAAGCUUCAGGAGUCAAACGUAGGAGGGUUCGAGCAGCAAGUAGUCGAAGACCCACCAGCGGGGGUCAGUUCAACGGAUAACCUUGAAAAGUCUGCUACCUUGGCACAAUCACUGGCUCGGGGUCAUCUGACUCGUCAGAAGAUCCAAAAGGAGAAAGCCGCCAUCAAGAUGCAGAGUCUAGCUAGAGGCCACCUCGUACGAAAGAAGCUGUCGCAGAAUCAACCCGACAGGCAACAUACGGCCUAA